AUGUCUGGUGUUAUGCGAACUACAUCGCUGUUUGAAAGUCGUAAUUGGUCAUUUCAAACCACCACAUUAACCGGUUCUUAUCUUGUCAUGUUUAUGAUGACAUUUAAAUCAGUCAUGGAACGACAACGACAUAACCAAAUUCUCAAUGAUUUUAAUACUGCCACCACUUUUCCUAAAUUCAUUACUCGUAAUUCGAAUGAACCUCAUGCUUCAAAUGUAUAUACACGCAAGAUUUUUUAUCAGGUUCAGAAAGAGAUAUCAAGAGCUGAAGAUAAUUGUUUCCAAAAGAAUGUGAUAUCUUCCAACGGUGUUGACACAAUUAUUGUUCUGGAGAGAAAAAACAACAUAACUAUUAGGCAAACAAAUGAUGUCGAUGUUGAUGACAAAGAUGAGGAAUACAAUUACGAUUGUCUUAUAAGGGAUACUGAAUACACGGUCACACACUCAACCAAAGAUGGUUUAUUCAAAUGUACUUGUAUGCAUUUUGAACAUGUAGGGAUCUUAUGCAGACACAUAUUCUGUAUGUUUAAGUUUUAUGGCAUCGAAAAAAUUCCUGAAAAGUACAUUUUGAAACGUUGGCGUAGGGAUGUUAUUCCAACAGAAUUACUGAAAAGACGCUUCAAUAGUUAUUUUGACUAUUCUAAUUCCGACAUGACUGCUGUUGAUAUUUUUUCAACUGUUGAUCGUUGUGUGUCUUUUUUGAGCCAUGAUGUAGCUAAAUUAAAGUUAUACCUUGACGAGCAGAAUAAGUUGAAAAAAAAAUUCGUAGACGAUUGUCCAAAUCAUGAUCUACCGACCAGAGCAGAUCAGUUCAAGAAGCUUCUAGGCGUGGUUGGUCCUGAUGUAGUAUCUGAUGUUAAUGACAUUCAGAAUCCUACAUAUAUUCGUAACAAAGGUUGCGGUAGUCGUGGGAAAAGAUUAAAAUCUACAAAAGAGAUGAUUGAGAAAGAAAGCUCGAAACCUAAGAGAAAAUGUGCUACAUGUGAACAAAUGGUUCAUCUUGACAAAAGAAAUUGUCCUCAAAAGAACGCCCAGAAAUAA